AAUACACACAUCUUCGUCUAAUUAUAAGAGAGUUUGGAAGAGAGACAGAGAACCAGGAAGAUGGGCAGAGCUCCUUGUUGCGACAAGGCAAAUGUUAAGAAAGGGCCAUGGUCUCCUGAAGAAGAUGCGAAGCUAAAGGAGUAUAUGGAGAAACAUGGGACUGGUGGUAACUGGAUUGCUCUCCCGCAGAAAGCUGGUUUGAAAAGAUGUGGGAAGAGUUGCAGAUUAAGAUGGCUUAACUAUCUCAGACCCAACAUUAAACACGGCCAGUUCUCUGAGGAUGAAGAUAGAAUCAUAUGCAGCCUCUUCGCUAGCUUUGGAAGCAGGUGGUCGGUAAUAGCAGCUCAUUUACCUGGGAGGACCGACAACGAUAUCAAGAAUUACUGGAACACCAAACUUAAGAAGAAAAUGAUGCUUAUGAAUCCUUCAGUUCAGGGGAAUAAGCCUCGUCAUAACCAAUCUACCCUUUUAACCAUUCUUCAAAAUUCCGUACCAGCUUCGCUGUUGUCAUUCUCAGACUCUCACCACCACCACCAUGCUAACGUGUCUUUCACAGGCUCUUCCAAUCUUUUGAGAGGCAACCCUUCUGCUUCUAACUUCAAUUUUCAACCCCAGGAUAAUACUUUCAUGGCACCCAUUCACAGCCAGCCAGUAUCCAUGGUUGGUGGUGAGGCUGCUAGUUGUAGCUCUUCUGAUGGGAGCUGCAACAACCAGGCCACUCAUAUCAAAGAAGCAGAGUUUGUGUACGGAAGAGAUGGGACUCUAAUCCAACAGGUUGGUGGCGCGCAUAAUUAUUAUCUCACCAAUGGAUUGUGGGAAGAGAGUUCAUUAGAUUAUGGGAUGGAUGAGAUUAAACAAUUAGCAAGCGCAGAUAGUUGCAGCAAUUUGUUUUCCGAUGAGAAGAAGACAGGGGAGAGGAUUGUGUACUACUGAUGCUGACUGUGGAUGAAAUCAAAGAUUUGGAAGGGGUAAACUAAAAAGACUUUGAUUUGGGAUCAAGUUUGAGCCAAUCAUUUUGAUAGUACAUGGGGAAGUUUCCCUUUCCUCGUGCUUCUCUUUCUGGGAAAUGAUGUGCGCGACCAUAAAGAUGUUCCCAGAGAGAUUAUUGAAGGGAGAAAAAGAAGCCCCGAAAACCGGAGUGGUCCUUAUCCACCACAACUAAAAUAAAGGCUAACAGCAGGCAUGCACUAUUUUUAAUGUUUCAAAUUAUUUACAUAUAUUAGUCAACAAGUUUUCCGUUUUUAUCUGUUACAAAUGCAUUUUCUUUUUUUCCAGAUGAUAAGCAGAGUUGGGGAUUUUUAUAGAGCUUGUUUUGUUCUCACGUGCAUUUCUGCAGAAACUAUGUAUAAACGAGACCAUAUAUUUAACAAAUAA